AUGACUAUUGCGCAAGACUACCUAGAUGGAAAUAAAGCGGACGGAAGCAAAAGAUUUGAUAAAGCAACAAUAACAAAAAUAGAAAUUCGUGAGAAAGGAAUAGGUGAAACUGAAAACGAUGAAGACAUACUAAUAGAUAAAUUAACAGGCAAAUUAAAAGUUAAAAAUUUUUUAAAUUUGGCAGAAAUUAUUCUAGAAGGUCACGAAAUAGAAGAAGCAAUUUUUAUUAAUUGCCCGCUAUUAGAAAAAAUUAAUGUUGCAAGAAACAAAAUUACUAAACUAGAUUUUACUAAAUUAAAAACAAGUGAUAGCACAGAAACCGGCAAUUCGGUUCCGGGAGACGCAUUGAAAAACUUAGCAAUAGACAACAAUCCUGACCUUGAAGAAGUUUCAUUAGAAUAUUGUCCUAACUUAGGAACUUUUAAUGCUAGGGGAAAUACUAAACUCAAAAAGAAACUUCAUACAGUUUUAGUUGCUGAAGGCUUAGUUGAUCAUAUUAAUGGAGAAAAAUUAAAACACUAUAAAGAAAUCAAAAAGGUUAUUAGAGAAAUCUUAGGUGUGGGAGAUGCGGAUCCUGUAGAUGUAACUACUUUAAAGGUUAAAAUAGAGAGUAAAAUAUUAAAAUUCGUAAAAUCUGAAUUAGGUCUAGGAACUAGUGCUACUCAGUCGCAAAUUAUUGCUAAAAUAAGAGAAUUGGUGGGUCCUGGUUAUAUUUCUAAAGUAUCUUUGGUAUCGGAUGCUGAGGAUAGUUUAAAAGGUUUAGGAGUUGCUGAAGGAGAAAUCAGUAAAUUAGGUGCUGCGGCUAGUGCCCGAGAUGUAGAACUUUCUAGAAACAAAUUAGUUAAUGAUAAAUUUAAUGAGCUACAAACUAAAUUAAACCAUGCUCAUUACAUAAAUAUUGGAUUAGGAACUCUAUCAGUAGGAGUUUUACUAAUCUUAACUUGA